UAGCAACAACAAAUCGGAAAUCAAAACAUCUUUUUUCAUAUGUGGCAUUUGUACAAAUGACUGACAUUGGAUGGGGAAAGUUGCAAGCCUACGAAGCGUAUGGCCGAGCUGGUGACAAGAAAGAGGAUUUCGACAUUGUAUCAUACAAGGAUGCCUUGUCUGACAAAUAUUCUUCUUUCCGACAUGCGUCACAUUCCAUGCUUUUUGCCAGGAAUGACGCCAUAUUGUGGGAUUUAUACAACAGCAGGGCUGCGGUGCUGAUGCAGAUGAGGUUUGAUGGCUUGCUAGGAUUUCCAGGUGGUCUAGUUGAUCCUGGGGAACAUCCACUCCAAGCAGCAAACCGUGAACUUGAGGAAGAAAUUGGUCUGGACACUAACAAGUUUAAACUGUCAGAUAGUGAUCAUGUUAUUUCCUUUGUGAACAAGGGCAAAAAUCUUGUGCUACACUUUUAUGGGAAGGAGGUCACUCUGCCACAAUUUCAAGAAAUUGAAUUGGAGAAUCUGAAGGCCCCUGAUUAUGGAGCUGAGACAUUGGGUAUAUUGAGACCUCCACUGUUUACGAUGGGUGAUGGAUACAGAGGACUCCCAGCCUUUCUAUCCAAUAAUUUUGCAGGCAAUGCACGUCAGGAGUUACUGAUUGGCAUUCAACACUAUAAAAUUCUCCCAGAAGAAGAAAUCCAGAAAGCUUUGAAUUCCUGCUUAACCUUCCAAAAACAGAAUAAGGACUCUAUAGGCCUGACUAAUCUAGAAAAUUAAAUCUUUUAGAAUGUU